UAUCAUUUCACAAUUGGCUUCUAGCCAGUUAGCCACUGAAUCAUUGCCACUGACUACUAGCUAGCAGUUUGGUUCAAAAGGAGAAGAAGUAUGUUAGAGGUUAUGAGAGUUGAACAAAUUUAAAAAAUAUAGUGAAUUUUGCGGGAUUUUUGGUACUGGGACUGGGUACUGGGUAGUUACACUUUCCAGUUUCUCUUCAAUUCCUUUAGAUAUGGAGAAAACGACAUAAUAUAUGUGAUAAUUGUCAUUAUUCAUGGUUUCAGCGAGUUCAAUAUGACUCUCACGAAUGAUAUAGAAGAAUGCUGUGUCCAUUUGGAAAGUAACAGAAUAACUGAUAGGAAAAAAUUCUGCAAUAAGUUGACAACCCUUCUAGAUAAUAAAGAUGUCAUUUAUAUCCUAAAUGAAGGCACAUCCAUCAGUUGGAAACAAGUUAUAUCUUCCUUACAAGAAUGCCUUAGGAAGGAUGCCGAAAAAUUUGUUGAGGAUGCAAAGAAAAAAGGUUGUGAACCAGUCCCAUCUCCGGCUUCAGGAUUGUUCAUGCAGGUCAUUGAAAUAGCAACUAGUCAAACUGACAAUGAAGUUGAUAUUUCUGAGUUGUCUGGUUACAUUAUUGGAUGCAUGAAGGACCAUAAAAUGAAAAAAUGCUAUGUCUCAAUUUUGAUGAACGUUCUAUAUAAAUGCAUUUUAGCAAAAUCCAAGUCGAGAGGCAAACUAGAUCAGAAUGAUUGGGGCGGGCUUUAUGAAUUUCUGAAAGAUUUGUGUUCAGAACGAAGCCAUGACAUGUUGACUUAUAAAUGUCUCAAUCUUUUGAUAAAAUGGGGUCCUUUGUCAGGACUUCAGGCAUCUGUUAUGAGAGAAGAGUUCACUUUCUUGACUAGAUUUUGUCAGUUGAUUUCUCAGAAUUCCCCGAAACCACAACAGGAAGAUACAUUGGAGAUUGCAAUAGAGUUUUGUAGACAUACUGCCAAAGACAAUCGAGUAUCCUGCUGUAAAUUUGGAGAAGAUGUACUGCCAAGUUUUAUACAGCUAUAUGAACUUAAUGGUAGAGAAGCAAAGAUUAAGGAGUUGCUUGUACAGUUUUCCCUUCUUCAAGUUAUAAUCCAUCAACCUAAUGGCGUGAAGGAGGGCCAUCAAGUCGCUUAUGCUUUCAGUUGGCAAUCAUGGAAAAAAUGUCUCAAGAUGAUCUAUGUUCUGCUCUCGAAAGAAAUAAAUUUUUAUUUUCAAUUCCGCCAAAAAAAUACGUCGUUCUUCAAAUCGCAAGGCGAAUCAAUGAUACUGACUGAAGAAUUCACCAUCCUAUUUGUGGAAAUCAGUCGAUUGUUGUUCUCCUGUACUGAUAUGGAUUAUACUAUGUCAUUAGACACAGACUCAUCACAAAUUCCUCAAAAAAGGCAAAAAAUUGAUAUUAGUCUUAGGUCAUACAUCACUAAUAUACAAGACCUGAAAAGUUGGUUAUGGAUACAUAUUGUGAAUUCAAUAAUUAUAAGGUACCCAGAUAUAAUCGAUGAUGAAGAUUAUUUGCUACUGUUACAAAUACUAUCAACCAUUCAAAUUGAAUCAAAUGAUCACAAUGUAAUUGAAAAUAUCUAUCAUUGUCUAACAACGAUGUUGAGUAUUCAUAGUAGGAAAAUGAAUAAUAUUGUUUGUCCUCCGGAAACAGAAAUAUUAUGGAAAGUUGUAGGAGAAAGUACUAUCAGAGCGUUUGCAUUGAAUCAGCACAAAGCAGUUACAGAAGUUCUACUGGAGAAACUAAUAAGAAAUGGUAUCGUCCAUAUAGACAAUAUUUUCCAGGCCUACACAUCUGGCAUAUUGAACAUCUCUCCACAGAGCAUAAAGACAUUACAUUCUGCUCUCGACUUCGCCAACAUUGAUCAGAAUGAGCAUUGCAGAAAGGAGAAUUUGAUGAAAUGUAUUUUGAACCCGCAGAAUCUGAAGGAUUACAAGUAUCUUCGGGAAAGUAGAACUGCAGAAUUUCUAGUGAAACUAACCUUGAAAGAGUGGCCAAAAAGCACUGAUACUGAUAAUGAAGAGAGUAAUGAAAUGUGGAAUGAGUACAAAGAUCUGAUAGAAAUUUAUCUGAAAACUAUGUUUGAAGACAAUGCAGUAGCCAGAAGAGACAAGGACAAUGUUAAUGUAGAAACCACUGAAAACAAUCACAGUAUGGAGCUAGAAUCAGCUACAUUAAUGACCAAUAUUUUAAAGAAUUUCGUACAAAAUACUUCUGACACUGAAGAAAUAUUACUAAGCUUUCUUAUACUCAUUGUGAAUAUUGCAAGCUAUGCUAUUGACUACGAUUUUCUGUCUGAAAUACAAAUAAAUGACUCUGUUUUCAUAGAUCUGAUAAACGAGAUUUUUGGGCAUGAGAAAAUAAAACAUUUUGAUUUAUAUAAAACCAAAAAUGAGCGUGAGGCUAAGAGAUUACUUGACUGCGUUGAUAUCUUGGAUACGUUGUUUUCCUUACGUAUAAAUACAUGGAUGAUGAAGAAACUAAAGAGCCUUGUACCACUUGAGUUUUUACGCUCUCUCAAUCUAAUUUUCAAUGAUCUCCAAGAGGAGCAAAAAAGAAAAUGUAAUCUAUUUUUUGAUAUCAAGAAAGGAAUUUUGAAAGUGUUAUCUACUUUCAGUUGUGUUCAUGGAGAUUUUUUGAACGAGAAUCAAAAAAACAUCCUAGAGGUCUUGUCAGUUCCUUCCUAUAAUUUCAAUAUAGAUGAAGACUGUACCCUGUGUUUGACAUUCUUGAGAUCCCUCAAAUUAGCAAAACCAGGUGUACUGCCCGAUAAUGUUCUCGAUAAUGUAUUAAAAUCCAUUCAAGAAUUGUGUGCAGCCAGAUAUCAGUACAGCUCUUAUGCUGUGGAGAUUUUGAAAAUACUAAAAGAUUUAUUUCCACAUUUUGCUGCUUCCAGUGAUGAAGACAAUAAAAAUACAGCAGUUGCAUUACUAAAACCAUUUUACGACAAUUAUCGUAACUAUGGUCCCUCCGUAGCAUUGAAUCUACUUGAUUGUAUGAAAAAAUUGUGCCAAAUAGAUCCUCAAUGCAAAUUUUCUCUUUGGUUCGAUAUUGAGGUUGUUAGAUAUGUACCAGAAUUUUUGAGCAGCGAUUUUCAAGAGGUUAGAUUCAAAGCGAUUGAUACCUUGGUAGUAUUUUUUUCGACGAAUUCACGUAUAAAACAUCUUCGUGACUUCCAUAGACAAGAAGAGAUAUUCGCCAAAAUUUACGAAAUGAGUAACAAGGUAUUUGAAGUUGGAGCAAUAAGUACUGAUGAGAGACGAACAGAUGAAGUUAUUUGUCGGACUGCCAGUGUGUUACACACAUUUUCUGGAAUAAUAAUGAAUGGCAAUAAUUGGAUAGAAGAGUGUCUUUUUGGUCUAAUGAAAAUUUCCUAUGAAAAAGGAAUCGAUUCCAUUGAUCGAAUACUCAAAGUUAUCAGCAAGCAUCUAUUGGGUGAUGCCAAUUCAAAUAUAAUGGAAAAAUAUUUGGAACGUCUCAUAGAAAGGUGGUUGAGGGAAGGUCUUCAAUUCGAUAAUUUUCAAUUCAAACUACUUAAAUGUGACACCAAGGAGGCUUUUUAUCUCAAAUAUUUCGAACUAUGUGUCCCAUAUUUGAUAGUGAGUGAUAAAAAAGAUCUACUUUCAGCAGCAAAGCAACUCCAAUGGACCGAAACUAAAGUUGUUGAGAAAACUGCUGCUAAAAUAUUUUCUAAGGCCAUCUGUAAUGACAUUGAAAACAUGGGAGAACAUCUUACUGAGCGUAAUAAAUCACUCUCAUAUUACUCAACGAUUGUGGGCAGUAGUAAUCUGAAACAGAUUCUAACCAACAAUUUGGAAACAUUGAUUCUAGGUGUACUAGAAUUCUUGACUGAUGAAAUUUACAUAAAAAACACUUUCGAAGAAAUAGUCAUAUUUCCUUCAAAAAACCUCAGUGUUGCUCAGCUGAAAACAUGCUUGACUUUUAUCGAGUCAUAUUUGUGUAAUGGCCAAAGUUUAGUAAAAUUCCUAUGUGAAACUAAUUUGGGUAAGAUGGAGAAAAUAUUGCUGGCUGUGAAAUUAGAUUUUCACAAUGCCAUUUCCACUGAAGAAAAACUCAAAGCUCUUCAUAGAUAUACCUUCUUUGUUACGAUUGUUAGUGAGAUAAUGGCAAAGAACAGCGAAUGGCAAUACUAUUUCCUAAGAGAUACCAUACACACAUUGAUAAAUAUUAUAGCUACACAAAAAGAUUCACCCUGUGUGGCAAGGGGUGCAUGUAAAUUUCUGAAUAUAUUCUUCAGAAAUAUAUUACCAUCGUAUCCUGACACACUAGGACAGUUCCUUACUUUUAUAGUGAACUCACUGAAAGUCUUUGCUGUGUCUCAGAGUGUGAUCUCCGUGGAUUGCAUGGAUGUUCUGAAUUUUUUGAUUGUGGAAAAUGCUUCCAAGUUGAUGAGUCAAAUUGAAAAAUUGGACAACUUUCCCAACCAUCAGUAUUUCCAGAAAAUCAGAACAGUUCAUUCCAAAAUACGUUAUGGCCAGAAAGACAUUUCGUUGGAAGAUGAAAUCAAUUUAUUUUUGAAACAUACAGAUAUUUCUACUCAGCAGGAUAGUUUAAUUCAUUUGAGGAAGAUUCUGUCUGAGCGAAAGAAUGAUCUUAAGGAAUUGUAUGAUAAACUCCAGAACAUUAGAGGUUUUUCUGAAGAUUGUGAAGAGAGCUCUUUGCACAGAUUGAUUUGUACUUUAUCCAAGUUCAGUUGUUCGAGAAAUCAAAACGUUAGUUUUGAAGCAAUCAGAUGUUUAGGAGAACUUGGGCCAGCAAAUCUACAAACACUAGUUUUGCAGCCUGAGAAAACAAUAUCUGAUUUGAAAUGCUCGGCUUUCGAGCUCCUUUCGGGACAUGUUAUAUCCUUACUGAUUGAAUACCUAGUUGAUAGUAACAUAAAUGUGGUGAAAACAGCUAGUGAAACAUUUUAUACUGUAUUGGACUGUAGGGAAGCAAGAACAAUUGCAGAAUCAAAUACAGAUUUUGGUAAUGGACCAAUCAAUAAAAAAUAUAUUCUUCCCUUUUACCCACCUAACAAGGCCUCUUCAACAUCAAGAGUAGCUGUGGAUCAAGAGAAGUUCAAUUCGAAUAUACCAAACGAUAGCUUGUGGUGUCCAAAAGAAAAAAGCAACCAUGAGAACUGGAUCAUAACACUAGUGUCAGAGUUAUUAGAUACAUUCACGUAUCAGUCAUACUUACAAAAGUUGAUACCAGUUUGCAAAGUGAAGUCUGAAUUUGCCGAGCAACUCUUACCACUCGUUGUCAAUAUAUUUCUCUCACUAAACAACAGCAGAAUCACCAACAUCUUACUGAAGAAAAUUGACUACUUUUUCGAUCAACAUUGGCAAUAUGCUGUACCAAAAUAUGUGGAACAAAAUUCGAUAACGCUAAAUAAGAAGUCUGUCAGAUGCAUGCUGGAAGUUGUGAGUUUCAUUAGGCUGCAGAGGAGUUUCAGCAGUUCUAAAUCCAAACCUAGUGGUGAGCUCAACAUCAACUACCUAAAAGUUGCCAAAUCAGCUGAAUUCUGUGCUGCUCAUUUUUCUGCUCUACUUUAUGCUGAACUAUGGUGUCAAUUAAAGAUAGAAGAUAUUCAAAACCAAGACGUCAGUUAUUGUGAAAAACGUUCGACAAUGUUGGACUUCAUUUAUGAACAUCAAGGGGCAGAAGUGGGUGAAGCUUUGCAAAAUAUAUUGAGGAAUGCAUACAAGUCCAUUGGAGAUUUAGAUGCCCUGCCAGGGUGUGGAAUAUCCUUCCUUCUCGAGCCUCAUUUCCGAGUAGAACACUACAAGGAAUUGGGAAAGUGGGAUCAAGUGACUCAGUUCUAUGCAAUGCAACUUUUCCAUUCUCAAAAUUCGCCUGCGAAUGAACUCAUGGAGAGUUUCAAAAAGAACAGCCUAUAUCAGAUACCUUUACUAUGUUCGAAUAAUUUAGAUUUAGAUUCUCAAUACGAGUGUAUGUGGAGAUUGGGACAAUGGACAAGUGGGGAAAAGCGGAAGAAUUCACCCAAGACUGUCUUAUCGCAGGAAGAUUUCGAGAAAUACAGAUACUAUUCUCUCAAAGCACUCCAUGAUAAUAACCAGUGCGCUUUUGAUGAAACAAAAAAGAACCAAAGCUUGUGUAUCAUCGAUCAUUUGAAGCACACCAGUUUAGAAAGUAGCCAAAGUUUGUAUCCAGUUCUCAUGCGCUUGCAGUCUCUUGUGGAAAUGGAAAAUUUUGCUGAAACAUCGACAACUCAGAGUAUCACGUCGAUCUUGACUAAAUGGAAAACGCACGACAAUCUUAUCGAAAAAAGUGAUUUUCAAUAUGUGGAGCCUAUUAUCACACAGAGAUUAGUUAUGCUUACUGAUUAUCUGAAGAAAAAUCACAAUGAUCAGUUGAAGGAUUAUAUAUGUGAUUUGAGUUUGGACUUUACAAAUUUGGCAAAAGAAGAAGGGCACUUUAAAGAAGGACUUACUAUUUUGGAGAAACUUAAGUACAUGUCUGAUAUCAGUGAGAAUGUCAGAACGAAAAUUCAGCUUUUAGAUGCACAACUAUCUUGGCUAGUGAAUAAUAAGCUUGUUGCCAGACAUAUACUGAAUAGGCUAUGCAAAAAUGAACAAAUUUGUCCAAAGUUACGUUCGAGAGCUUUGAAAUUGUCAGGGCAGUAUAUGAGUGAAACGCAUUCUGAGAAUAGAACUACCAUCAUUUCGAAGUAUUUUCUGAAGUCUAUCAAACUCAUGAGUACAACUAACCGAAAUGAGAAGGACAUCGAAGAUAUCAUGGAUACCUAUGACAAAUUAGCGUUAUUCGCAGAUAGAGAGUAUCAAAUGAUUAUGAUGUAUACGAAAUCCGAGUUAUUCCAAAGAAAAAUAGUCAAUAUGGAAAAAGCGAAAAGAGAAGCUUCCAAUAUUCAAAAACAAAGGAAGAGGACACAUGAUGAACUCAAAGCUGCAGCCAUACAUGACAAGCAAAGUAACAUAGAUGAAAUAGAAAUCAAUAAUACUAAAGUUGAAGGAAACCAAUUCCUUAAAUUGGCUUUCAAGUACUACCUCCUCACAUUGGUUCACAGUGAGGAUCGGAACAUCAGAAUUUUCCGUAUAAUGUCCCUCUUUCUAGAAAACCGAAACAACGACCAAAUAGCAGAUACAGUCGAAGAACACCUUCACAAACUACCUACGUACAAAUACAUUACAAUGUUGCCACAACUGAUACCGCACAUCACAGAAACAAACACGGACUUGUUCAGCCGGAGAGUGAAUGAAAUCGUGGAGAAAUGUGCUAUAGACCAUCCACAUCACACCUUACCUCUCUUGUUGUCGCUAGUCAAUGCCAACAAAGAUAAAGAAUAUAGUGGUAUGAAAGGGUCGGCUUCCAACACUUCUAAGAACGACAGUAGAGUGUCCACAGCCAAAAAUCUCUUGGCUAAACUCAAAAAGCGAGAGUCGUUGUGUGCACUCAUCGACAGACUUCAACAAGUUUCCAUUGCUCUAAUCGACUUGGCAUAUUAUAGUGAUAAAAAUAGCGAAAACGAAAGGGUGGCUCAAUUCAAAAUACCGAGAAGUCAGAAAAUUAUGAGUAUACAGAAUUUCGAUGAUGUGUUGCUGCCAACAUAUAAUUUGAAUGUUGACCCAUCAAAUAAAUAUUCUCGAAUUGUGGGAAUAUCCUCUUUCGGCUCCGUAUACCACCCUGUCGGAGGUGUCAACAAACCUAAGAAAAUAACCUGCCGGGGCACCGACGGCAAAGUCCACUCCCAGCUGGUGAAAGGCCAAGACGAUAUUCGACAGGACGCCGUCAUGCAGCAAGUCUUCAACAUCAUGAACAACCUGCUGUCCAUCAACAAACAAACGAAGAAAUUGCUGAUCAGAACGUACAAGGUCGUACCGUUAUCGAUGAGGAGCGGUAUACUGAAAUGGGUGGACGACAGUAUGCCUAUCGGGGAGUAUUUGGUAGGAGGAGAAAAGAAUAAGAUUGGGGCUCAUCAGAUGUACAGGCCCAACGACAAAUCGCCGGGUUCUUGCAGAGCUUCCUUCAAGAAUUGUGCAGGACAGUCAGCCGAGGCAAAACUGGUAACCUACAACGAGAUCUGCAAGAAUUUCAAACCAGUUUUCCAUAAAUUUUUCCAAACCUCCUUCCCUCAACCGACAAUCUGGUAUGAGAGGAGACGAGCCUACAUACACAGUGUCGCCACUACAAGCAUGUGUGGUUAUGUACUGGGAAUUGGUGAUAGACAUGUUAGCAAUAUACUCAUUGAUAUGACUACUGCAGAAGUAAUUCAUAUAGACUUUGGUAUUGCUUUUGAACAAGGAAGAGUUUUGCCUACUCCAGAGACAGUACCUUUCAGAUUGACGAGGGACGUAGUUGAUGGAAUGGGAGCUUCUGGAGUGGAAGGAAUAUUUCGAAGGUCUUGUGAGAAAACGAUGGAAGUGCUACGUCAAAAUUCUCAAACCAUCAUCACAAUUUUGGAGGUUCUUCUUUAUGAUCCCCUCUAUGCAUGGACGGUCACCUCUGCUGAAGCUAAUAAACGUCAAACAGAUGAUGAAAUUGAUCUGCGGAAUUUGUCCAAUAAUUUAUCUGAAGAAGAAAAUGUUACCGUGAACGUCACAGCAGAACGAGCUUUAUUACGACUUCGCGAAAAGUUGCAGGGUACUGAACUCGGCCAUCCAACGAGUAUCGAACAUCAGGUUGGAACCUUGAUACAACAAGCCAUUGAUCCCGCUAAUCUAUGUAAGCUCUUUGUUGGUUGGCAGCCAUAUUUGUAGGAUUAUAUAUAACAUUUCAGUCGUAAGAUAAAAACAUUCACAGUAUAUUUUUUUACAUUUAUUUUACUGAAGAUAUUAUUUUAACUUAUAGAUCUGUUGGAAAAGUCAUUCCAUUUGAUGUUGAAACGUUAACAUGUGUCUAAAUUUUAUUAUGAAAUGUAUCUUCCAAAUGUUAUCGUUUCACCGAGCUUUAAUUCCUAGAUUUUAUUAUGCGCAUAGUAAUCUGUCACGUGGUUUUCAAUCAUUGUCGAACACCCGUUACCUAUCUUCGUUUGUACGAACUUCAAGCCUUCAGCUUACAUGGUGCGAGAGAGAGAAGACAACCUAUCAUCUCUGGAGAACAUUUUGUAGAAUAAGUAUAUUAUGUUGUUAUUUCGUUGAAUUAAUUAUUCCAUGUAGUUUGUCAGUUUUUUAUUAGGUACCUACUAAAGAUGUUUCAACUAUUAAAUAAUACACACACCGGCACAAUUAGGGGAACGGGCAAAAUUUAAACUAAGUUUGAAAUCAAUUUUCUCUUGAUCCCAUCACUCAAUUUCAAUUUUUUGUUCAAGAAUUGUAGCUUAAUUCUCCACGAAUACAUCUGACAAAUAACCACCUUCGUGUUGUGACAAUUGUUCACAGUUUUACCUAUUGGUCAAUUGUUUGAAGACAACAUUGUUGUCAACAUUAAAGCAAAUUUUAUCACACCCUAUUCAUAAGCUUAUUUCUAUGUGUCUUAGAACAUUAAACCGAUAGGUAAAUAAAACUGUGAACAAUUUUCAUCUCAAAAGUAAAAAUCCCCACAGAAACAAGUUGAAAAAAGUUUACACAUGAGGCGAUUUCGAAAUUCAAUAAAUUACCAGAUGAUAUCAAAAACAGCCCAAAUAUUAUGCAAUUCAAAAAUAAAGUUAAGAGAUAUAUUUAUAUGCAAAGGAAUGAUCAAAGCUGAAAGACUAUGAAUU